AUGCUGGCUGACCGAUUUUCUCACUUGCGCGUCUAUGACAGUGACUCCGACUCCGACAUUCCACAGAGAUUCAGGCAACCGAGUGGCGGGCCCCUUCCUGGCACUAUGGAUGCAGUAAAGGAGAAGGGCCCCAUGACGCCUGUAGGUGGUAUCAGUAACAAGCCGGACACACAGCAAGCUGUAACGUCAACUAAGGAGAAAUCUGCCAGCCAGUUACAGGCAACACCAAGUGAGAGGCAACCUGUCAACAUGCCGGCAGGAACGGCCUUGCCUGAAGGACAAUCUGUUAGCCAGUUGCGGGCAACGGCGCCAAGGUCUGAGGGCGCCUCUCUCAUCGCGUCUGGUAAUUCAUCCGCGGUACGUUUCCCUGAAAAAAAGGGGGCCUCGAAGAAGCAGAGCACCAGUACUACUGAAACAGAGAAGGUUAAACCUCACAGAGAGACGUCGACAUUGGUAGUUGCGCCCAUUCGACCGUCUGGCGUGGCCGACGAGUCUUCAACACCGGCUCCUUUACUGGGAAGCUCAAAGGAGACGGGGACAGUGGAAGAGAUUCGGUUGCAGAGCAACAAAUCAACGGAAAAUGAGCGUGAGGUUCAAGUAAGAUGCGAAAAGCAAGUUACUCCCACAUCAGGAAGGACCCAGGCUGGUGCUUCAAAGGAUGAGAGCAGAGGAAAUAGGGGUGCACCUGUCCACGAAACGCAACCACCGCCUACUCGUACCGCUACUAAUCCAACCACGAAGGAAACGAAGGGCAUCAUAUCAAAAAAGUACUGGGAGGACACGUAUGGAUACGAUCCAUCCAAGCGAGGGUUGCCGCUGUUUGUGGCUGUGGAGCAUUGUCCACCCAAAAAGAUCCUGGCACGGUCCGAUUUACGACGGCCCGACUCAUUGCCUUCAAAAACAGCGGUUCCAAUUGGAACGGCAUCCAAUCAAAAUCAAAGCAUGAAAAAGAAUGUAUACACUACGGAAGAGGUGGUACCUGCAAUUGAGGAGUCUGCUGUCACUGACCACGACAGCAGACUGCUUGUUGAGGAGCACCAAGUGGGUGAGUCACCACAGCUAAACGAAAACGAUGGGGCCCUUCUCAAGGACGAAGAUGCGGCCAAGUUGCUAAGCAAUACAGAGCCCAGUGAGAGUGCAGAGCUUGACCAGAAGCACAGGAGGCAUCAAAGGAAGGGCUCCAGGAAGAAGAGUGAUGCAAGUCACUCCACCAUUCCGAUCGAAACAGCAGCGCAAGAGGUUCCCGCAAACAAUGAACCAGUCAUUAAUUCUGUACGGCAGGAAGAUGAAAAGAGCUGUCUGACCGAAGAGGAUGGACAACAGGGCCUUCAGAUGGUAAAUAUGCCCGAAGUGGUUUCCCUGAACAGCAAAAACGAUGUUGAUAUUGUGAGCAACGCGCAGGCAGGUGCGAGUGGAAGCCUUUCCAGGAGGGACAAGCACCAUCGGAAGAAUGUAAAGAGUGAUGCGGGCAACUCCAUUGUAUCGGGCAAUGUGGCGACUCAAGAUGUUCCGGUGGAUGAUAAACGAGUCGAAAAUUCUGUAAAACAAGACGAAAAGGUUCACUUGACAGGGGAAGAGAGAAAACGGGACCUUCAGGCGAUAAAUAUGCCAGAAGUGGCUUCAAUGAAUAAUCAGAGUGUAGCUGACUCGUCAAGUGUACUGCGGGCCAGUCAGAGCGGGGGACUCCCACGAAGGGAGAGAGGCCAUAGGAAGAGUGCCAAGAGUGAUGUGGACAACUCCAUUGUGUCCGAACAACUUGUAGCCCAGGGAGAUACGGUCAAUAAGGAGCUUGCUGCCAAUACAAUCAGGUCGGAAGGCGAAGGCAGCAAUUGCACUGAAAAGCACGGGCAUCGCAAUUCGGCGGCGGUGGCGAAAACACCUGAAAUGGACUCCAUAAAUCAAAAAAACAAUGAAAACUCACUGUUGAAGGCACAGGCUGACCAGAGCGUAGACCGUAACAACAAAAACAGGAGCCAGCAGAAGAGUUUAAAGAGUAAUGUGAGCAACUCCGUCGCCUCUGGUGUUAUAGAGGCCCAAGAAGUUCAGGUGUGCGAAGUGCCCACAGCCAGUACUCUGCAACACACAGAAAGUGUGAGCAAGAGAAGUUCUCAGCAGAUUGAACGCGAUCGUAAGUCGAUGAGCGCUGAUGUCACGCAUAUGAUUAAUGGGAAGAACGAAGCAAAUAAAGGCCUACCACACUUCUCCGAGCUUACCGUCGACAGCCUUCGAAGGAUUGCUGGUGAUCCGCAUGCCGAGAUGGGUGAAGGGGAACCAGGCCAUGAGAUGGUUUACACUGACUCGUCCUUGUUUCAGACUUGUAUUUCUCUACCGACGGAAGACGCAAGGCGCUCGCGGCGGAAUCGAACGACUUCCAACUCAUACGUGGACCCUCACGGUCGACGACGGACGCCGCGGAAGAACCGGGUGUCGGCGAUACCUCCAUUUCAGCGCCGCCUACUCCAUGACAUGGAGGAGAAGAAGAGGCGGGACCACAACGAGAUUGAGCGGUCGCUGGGGGAGUACACGUUUCACCCACAGACUGGCACUCCAGAACAUGGACGGCUGCCACGGCGGCGACACACACCAGCGGGUGGGACACGAGCGCAGCAUUACAACUCGGCUCGAGCUGCGACCCCGCAUGUGCCGUACCACCGCGCAGUAAUAAUGGAGGAGCCGCUGCCGACAUUCAAGCCCGAGAUCUCCAAGUACGCACGGGAGACGCAACGAUCGAACAUCCCCUACCAUGAACGCCUCUACACGCCGAGAGCAGUGUCACCACAAGUAGAGGAAUGGGGGGGCCCUUUGAACGGGCAGUCGCCACAGCUGUCGCCGCGGAUGAUGGAGCUGAUUGAUGGCGCGUAUCCCCCGCUGUUUCACCCCGAUAUCUCCCCGAGGGCGAAGGCAAUUGAGACAAACGGGCCAUUCUACGAGCGAUUGUAUCCAACAAAGGAGGAACUGGAGCGGCGCCGGCAUACUGAACAUGAUGUACAAUCACCGACAACAACACCGCGCCGAUCACCGUGCCGCGCAAGCCACGUGUCGCCGCGCCUUCUGGAGCGCCCGAGCCCACCAGCCAAUGUGGUUCCAUACUCUUUCCGUCCAGAAAUUUCACCAAGAGCUAUGUCGAUUGAGAAUCCUCGUCCAUUCUACGAGCGACUGUACCCAGAGAAGGCAGAGUUGGAGCAACGUCAUGCAAGGGGCGUGUCACCACCUGUAUCACCACGCCGAUCUCCGCGUCGUGUGACUCAAUUGUCGCCGCGCCUGUUGGAGCGCGCUCCACCUCCACCUGACACACAUCCGUAUUCUUUCCAUCCAGAGAUUUCACCACGAGCUAUGUCUAUGGAACGCCAUGGGCCGGUUUAUGAACGACUUUACCCCUCAAAGGAGGAGAGAGAAGAACACCAACGUCUACAGGAGCGUUAUGGACUCCCACCCUCCUUUCGUCCCUCCAUUACGGAGCGGGGACAUCGUGCUUUUGACAAUGAUGGCGAAGUGAGAAAAAACGUUGUUCGACGCCUCACUGAGCGGAAGGAAUCACCUCAGCGUCCAUUCGACCCAUCGCUAACCUUUCACCCCUUUAUCACAUUGAAGGCCAAGUCGAUAAGGCGAGGGGAUACAUCUUCAGGUUCACGGACACUUUUCUAG